AUGCAGGGAGCGCGCUGCCAUCGCAGCGCCCGUCAAGCCGAUUUUGUGCAUUCGUUCCACCUCGGAAUCGAGAUCUCGUCUCUACCGCCAGGUGACACGGCUGUCCACAGCGCGGGAGAUAUCGGGCGUAACAUUCUCAGCAUAUUUACUGGCCGUGAGGUUCUCAACAAUCCAGGCUACCGCUUUGAUUUCUUCAGCCUCAGCUAGCAGCCAAGAAGAGCACAGCAACAGCACAGGGACGACGUGAACAACGUGGACGAUGUGAUGUGCCAUCCACGAGCACGAGCCGACAACCUUAUCUCGCAUAACAUGCGGGCGCAGCUGCGCACAGGCACAUGACACACGUGGCCGACAGGUGCCGUCAGACGGGACGCCAGUAUCACCUCUGGAUGCUGUGUCGCCUACCUAGAGGUAGCCAUGGGCUUGGAAUUACAGCCUAUGAUUAUAUAACCUCAGAUCCCAGGUACCUACCGACCCAUCUACAGACCAACGCCAUGCUUCAUCCCAAUUCGAUUGCCUACAUCUCCGAAUAGGCGUUGAGCGCCAGCUGGCCGCCGAGGUGGGCGUACAGCACGUUGCUGCCGGGCUUGAUGUCGCCGAUGCGGAUCAUGUCCAUCAUGCCGGCCAGCGACUUGCCCUCAUAGACGGGGUCCGUGAUGAAGGCCUCGGUGCUGGCACCAAACUUGAUGGCGUCGAUGGUGCGCGCGUCGGGCACGCCGUAGGUGCCGCCGUGGUAGCGGUCGUCCAGCUCGAUGUCGGCGUCGGUCACGUUGUCGUCGCCCUCGAGCCCGAUCUUGGCGCCCGUCACCCUCGCGAUCCGCAGCACCUGCUCGCGCGUCUGCGGCACCGUCGCCGACGCGUCGAUGCCAAUCACCCGGCGGGGCUUGGAGCCGUUGCGCUUCUGCGCCAGCUUGAAGCCCGCCACCAUGCCCGCAAAGGUCGACCCCGUGACGGCGCACACGAUGACGGUGUCGAAGAAGAUGCCCAGCUCCUUCUCCUGCGCCUCCACCUCGAAUGCCCACCGCGCGAAACCGAGCCCGCCCAGCGGGUGGUCGCUCGCGCCCGCCGGGAUCGAGUACGGCUUUUUGCCCUUCGCCUCCAGGUCAGCGACGGCGGCCGCGAGCGAGUUUUUGUGCUCGAUGCCGAAGCCCGAGGGAUCCAGCCUCACGUCGGCGCCCAUCAACCUCGACAGCUGGA